AUGGAGCAGUGGCGGCAAUGUGGCCGCUGGCUCAUCGACUGCAAGGUCCUGCCGCCCAACCACCGGGUAGUGUGGCCCUCGGCCGUGGUCUUCGACCUGGCGCAGGCUCUGCGCGACGGCGUCUUGCUCUGCCAGCUGCUGCACAACCUGUCCCCCGGCUCCGUGGACCUCAAGGACAUCAACUUCCGGCCACAGAUGUCCCAGUUUCUGUGCUUGAAGAACAUCCGCACCUUCCUUAAAGUCUGCCAUGAUAAACUUGGACUAAGAAACAGUGAGCUGUUCGACCCCUUUGACCUCUUCGACGUCCGUGACUUUGGGAAGGUCAUCUCUACUGUGUCCCGGCUCUCCUUGCACAGCAUUGCACAGAACAAAGGUAUCAGGCCCUUUCCCUCAGAGGAGACCGCGGAGAAUGACGAUGACGUAUACCGGAGCCUGGAGGAGCUGGCUGAUGAGCAUGACCUGGGUGAGGACAUCUAUGACUGUGUCCCGUGUGAGGAUGAAGGGGAUGACAUCUAUGAGGACAUCAUCAAGGUCGAGGUGCAGCAGCCCAUGAUCAGAUACAUGCAGAAAAUGGGCAUGACAGAGGAUGACAAGAGGAACUGCUGCUUGCUGGAGAUUCAAGAGACGGAGGCCAAGUACUACCGGACCCUGGAGGACAUUGAGAAGAAUUACAUGAGUCCACUGAGGCUGGUGCUGAGUCCUGGGGACAUGGUGUCCAUCUUCAUCAACCUGGAGGACUUGAUCAAGGUGCACCACAGCUUCCUGCGAGCCAUUGAUCUGUCCAUGAUGGCGGGAGGCAGCUCCCUGGCCAAGGUGUUUCUCGACUUCAAGGAGAGGCUUCUCCUCUAUGGCGAGUACUGCAGCCGCAUGGAGCACGCGCAGAACACGCUGAACCAGCUGCUCGCAGCCCGGGACGAUUUCAGGCAAAAAGUCGAGUGUGAGCUGACCGUCUGCCUGGGUACUCCCGGGAACUGCCCAGGAGGUGGGCAGAGGCAAGUGAAACUGGAGGAGUUUGGGAGGCCGAAGAUAGAUGGUGAAUUAAAAGUCCGGUCCAUAGCCAACCACACCAAGCAGGAUAGGUACUUGUUCCUGUUUGACAAGGUGGUCAUCGUCUGCAAGCGGAAGGGCUACAGCUACGAGCUGAAAGAGAUCAUUGAACUUUUCUUCCAUAAGAUGACUGACGACCCCAUGAACAACAAGGACAUCAAGAAGUCUCAUGGGAAAAUGUGGUCCUACGGCUUCUAUCUAAUUCACCUUCAAGGAAAGCAAGGCUUCCAGUUUUUCUGCAAGACGGAAGACAUGAAGCGGAAGUGGAUGGAGCAGUUUGAGAUGGCCAUAUCAAACAUCAAACCAGACAAAGCCAAUGCCAACCACCACAGUUUCCAGAUGUAUACGUUUGACAAGACCACCAACUGCAGAGCCUGUAGGAUGUUCCUCAGGGGCACCUUCUACCAGGGUUACCUGUGUACCAGGUGUGGUGUUGGGGCACACAAGGAGUGUUUGGAGGUGAUACCACCCUGCAAAAUCAGUUUUCCUGCAGACCUGGAUGCCUCCGGAGCAGGGCCAGGUCCCAAGAUGGUGGCUGUGCAGAAUUACCAUGGCAACCCCGCGCCCCCCGGGAAGCCGGUGCUCACCUUCCAGACAGGUGACGUGAUGGAGCUGCUUCGAGGAGACCCCGAGUCACAGUGGUGGGAGGGUCGGCUGAUACAAACCAGGAAGUCUGGGUAUUUCCCAAGUUCAUCUGUGAAACCCUGCCCCGUUGACGCAAGGCCGCCCAUCAGCCGGCCACCGUCCCGGGAGAUUGACUACACUGCGUAUCCCUGGUUUGCUGGCAACAUGGAGAGACAACAGACGGACAAUCUGCUGAAAGCCCACGCCAGCGGCACCUACCUGGUCCGGGAGCGGCCCGCCGAGGCUGAGCGCUUCGCCAUCAGCAUCAAGUUCAACGAUGAGGUGAAGCACAUCAAGGUGGUGGAGAAGGACAGCUGGAUCCACAUCACGGAAGCAAAGAAGUUUGAAAGCCUCUUGGAGUUGGUGGAAUAUUACCAGUACCACUCGCUCAAGGAGAGCUUCAAGCAGCUGGACACCACGCUCAAGUACCCCUACAAGUCUCGGGAGCGCGCCACCGCCAGGGCCUCCAGCCGGUCCCCAGCUUCCUGUGCUUCCUACAACUUUUCUUUUCUCAGUCCUCAGGGCCUCAGCUUUGCUUCUCAGGGCUCCUCCGCUCCCUUCUGGUCAGUGUUCACGCCCCGCGUCAUCGGCACGGCCGUGGCCAGGUACAACUUUGCCGCCCGGGACAUGCGGGAGCUCUCGCUGCGAGAAGGCGACGUGGUGAAGAUCUACAGCCGUGUCGGCGGGGACCAGGGCUGGUGGAAGGGCGAGGCCAAUGGGCGAAUUGGCUGGUUUCCUUCGACAUAUGUAGAAGAGGAGGGUAUCCAAUGA